CUGGGAGGCCCGCGCGAGCGAGUUCUGCAAAGUAAGCAGCGUCAACGCUCGGCCAGCCUAUCACCCCUCCAUAAAUUCUUGCGCACCUUACGGUUCGGGCGCCGCGGCCGGCUCUCACCGCCCGCUUUGUUUUCCUUACUCAUUAGUUUAAGGCAACGUUUCCGGUUGUCCUUUCUCCGGAUUUAUACUGCUUCUGUUGGAACCAUACAUCUUACGGCUACCGAUGUGGGACAACUGAGAGUCUGAUAAGCUCUCAGAUAGAAUUUUUUAUCUUCAUUCAUAAAGGACACGUGACGUGGCUCCUUAUCCUUCCCAAUUGCCAGGAUCAAGGUCUCUCUCUGGUUCGGCUGCAACUCGACAAUGGCUUCGUCAGUAUCUAUAUGCUUCUCGCCGCAAGCCUUAGCUCGCCCAAACAGUAGAAACCCUCGGAAGCCUUUCCCCAGAAAGAUCUCUACUAAGACCAACUCGAAACGCAGGCUCCCUGACAACUGCACGAUUCGCACCACAUUCGAUGACCUCCCGGCGACGCCGCUAUCCGGCGGCGAGGCCACCACCUACACCCGCCUUCCUCCCAAAGACGACUUCUACCUUCCUUUGUUCGACUCUUCCUAUCAACCUUCGGCCGAGGUCAAGCUUUCCGAGUUGAACGAGGCGGAUCAGAAGGCCUCUAAUUACGCCGUUGAGCGCGAGGCUGUGGAGGAAGUGUUUAAUGUAAGGUCAGGGUUCGAUAGCGGAAAGUAUGAGUUGUUUGAGGUGGAUUCUGAUUCCGAUUGGGGGGAGGACGAGGACGAAGAUGAUGAUGGAUUUGGUGAUGAGGUGGUAGGGAUUGAGAAAGUUUUUGGCGGUGAUGGGAUUGAGGAAGGAGAAGUGAUGGAGAAGGAGAAGGGAGUGCCGGCGGUGAUGCGUUGCUUCGACAGGGCGAAGAUUUAUGCGAAGGCCGGGGAUGGCGGGAACGGCGUGGUGGCGUUUCGCCGCGAGAAGUACGUGCCGUUGGGUGGGCCGUCGGGCGGCGACGGAGGGAGGGGAGGGAAUGUGUAUGUGGAGGUGGAUGGAUCGAUGAAUUCACUGUUGCCGUUCAGGCAGAGCAUCCAUUUCCGGGCUGGGAGGGGGCGGCACGGGCAGGGGAGGAAGCAGGCUGGGGCAAAGGGGGAGGAUGUGGUGGUGAAGGUGGCGCCGGGAACGGUUGUGAGGGAGGCCGGGGAGGAUGGAGAGCAAGGGGAGGUGCUGUUGGAGAUGUUAUAUCCGGGGCAAAGGGCUUUGUUGUUGCCUGGAGGAAGAGGGGGGAGAGGCAAUGCAUCUUUCAAGUCUGGGUCGAAUAAGGUGCCUAAGAUUGCAGAGAAUGGAGAGGAAGGUCCAGAAAUGUGGUUGGAGUUGGAGCUAAAAUUGGUGGCAGAUGUUGGAAUUGUUGGUGCUCCAAAUGCGGGAAAAAGCACAUUUCUUAGUGUUAUUAGUGCUGCUCAGCCAGCUAUUGCGAAUUAUCCAUUUACAACUUUACUUCCAAAUCUUGGUAUUGUAUCAUUUGACUAUGAUAGUACAAUGGUCAUAGCAGAUCUCCCAGGUUUACUUGAAGGAGCACACCGUGGUUAUGGUUUAGGCCAUGAGUUUCUCCGGCACACUGAAAGAUGUUCUGCUCUGGUGCAUGUUGUUGAUGGUUCAUCAGAGCAACCAGAAUAUGAAUUUGAUGCUGUUCGUCUUGAGCUUGAAUUGUUUAGUCCUGAACUUUCCAAGAAGCCUUAUUUAGUUGCCUUCAAUAAAAUGGAUCUUCCAGAGGCAUCUGAAAGGUGGAGAUCUUUCCAGGAAAGGCUGCAAGCUCGCGGCAUUGAUAUUUUUUGUAUGAGUGCUGUGAAGAGAGAGGGUACUAAUGAAGUGAUCUGUGCUGCAUAUGAGCUUGUGCGGAAGAGAAUGGAGGACAAAAAGGAAGAAGGUUGGAUUGAUCCAGUAAGCUUAAAUCAUGUGGCUGAUAUGGUGCAGAGGCAGCGAACAGCCCCCAUUAAUGAAUUUGAGAUAUCUCAUGACAGCAGUACUAACACAUGGCAUGUUGUUGGCUCUGGGUUACAACGUUUUGUUCAAAUGACAAAUUGGCGGUACAUAGAUUCUGAGAGAAGAUUCCAGCAUGUUUUGGAGGCAUGUGGUGUAUACAAGUCUCUCGUUAGACUUGGUGUCAAGGAGGGCGACACUGUUAUUGUUGGUGAGAUGGAGAUGGUCUGGCACGAUUCUGCAGACCCCUCGGCAUCAGCUUUGAGGAAGGGCUCAGCUGGUUCAUUUAAAUGGCCGCGGUGGACAUAAUGCAACCAUGCUGUUCAACUGCCAAUUCCUCGUUGCCCUCGGAAGAUGAACUCAAGUCAUCUAACUUAAAGGAGUGCCAUUUUAACAAUCUUGUUUUCCUGGCGAAGGCAUGUGCUUUUGUACGUUCACGGGGUGCCAAUGCGUGGAGCUUCUAUAACUAUAUCGGUAUACCACACAUUUAUGAGAACUUUGGUUUGUAGUCGAGCCAAAGGCAUAGACAUAGAUAGAGAUAAUUGUCGAGUUAGAAUUCGUGUAAUUCAUCUAGUCCAAUUUUUUUUUAUAAUAAUUGACUAAGGAGUGUGUUUCUCCUUUCUCAUUUUAGUUUCUUUUCCACCAGCCAAACAGUUGUUUGUGUGCUGAGAAGGAUCAAAUGUCAUCCUUUGUGAGAACAAAAUCAUGGAUAACGAGUCUUCGUUCAAUUUUAGUUGUCAAUUAUAAGG